AUUUUUUUUUUCGAAGCACAACAGCAGCAGCAGCAGCAGAAGGCACUCUAUUUCUCCUCCACAACACACACAGAGAGCAAACAACCAUGCCAAGCAUCAACUGGAGGACGGUUGGCUUUGUUGGCACGCUUGCUGCCGGCGCUGGGUGGGCAAUCAGCAUUCCUGCUGCAAUUGGUGCGCUGAUUGCUGGCCUUGGCGGCGCUUUCUUCAUGAAGGUCCUCUUCAACCAGCCAGUGGCCUUGGAUCCUUCCAAGAAGAUCCCCUUCCCCCUCGAGAGCGUCACGGAGCUGACACACGACACAAAGCUCUUCCGCUUCUCGCUGCAAUCCAAGGACCACAAGCUCGGCCUCCCCGUCGGCCAACACAUGAACCUUGUUGCCAAGGUUGACGGGCGGACGGUGAUCCGCGCGUACACGCCCGUGUCCUCUGACGACGACCUGGGCUACUUUGACCUCGUGGUGAAGGUGUACCGCAAGAACGUGCACCCCAAGUUCCCAGAGGGCGGCAAGAUGUCGCAGUACCUGGAGACGUUGAAGAUUGGCGACACCAUUGACGUGCGCGGCCCUGCUGGCCACAUCACCUACCUCGGCAACGGCCACUUUGAGUUUGCCGACAAGUCGAAGAAGCUUCCGCCCCGCCGCCGCCACGUGAAGAAGAUUGGCAUGAUGGCCGGCGGCACAGGCAUCACCCCCAUGCUCCAGAUUAUCCAAGAUGUGCUGAAGCACCCGAACGACAAGACGGAGAUCCACCUCAUCUUCGCCAACCAGACGGAGCAGGACAUUCUCGUGCACGACCAGCUCGAGAAGUGCGCCAAGGACCCACGUGUGCACAUCUGGUACACACUCGAUCGCCCGCCACAGGGGUGGAAGUACAGUGAGGGAUUCAUCGACGAGGAGAUGAUCCGUAAGCACCUCCCCGGCCCCGCAAACGACACGCAGAUUCUCAUGUGUGGACCCCCGCCCAUGAUCAAGUUCGCCUGCAUGCCAAACCUCGAGAAGAUUGGCUUCACCCCAGACCAGAUUGCAACAUUCUAAGCCGCGCCAGCACCAACCGCGCCCCGGCCACGCCUCACUGUCACCGCAAUCACCACUUGCACGAUGUGUAUUUUCCCUCUUCCUCCCUCUCUCUCUCUUCUCUCGUUUUGACUCCACGGAUGCAUGCGUGACUGAUUGUCGUGCUCUGCACUGGUAUCACAACCCACUUGCGCAUGCAUGCGUUUCCUCUCACGCUGUGUGCCGCUUGCCCUGCUUGCUUGCUUGCUCGCUCGCUGACUUUGCGCAUCUUACUCACUCACUCGCUCACUUGCUUGCUUACACACUCACUCACACACACACUCUCUCGCCCCUUCGCUGUGUCGUUGUCUCUCUUCCUCUGCCCGUGCGUGCCAUGACUACUGUAGUAAAUCCAUUCACGUGUGAAG